AUGUCUGAGCGAGCAAACACAGACCUUGUUCAACUUGAACUAACAGAGGUCGAGUCCAACCUACGCAAACUGCUGCUGGAUGUAGCUGCCUACAUCGACAAUACUCCCCUGGAGGCGGAAGACACGGGCGUGCAGGUACCAGAUGAGCUAGUGAGAGAGAAGGUUGCUCUGCGUUGGACGGGAGGAUGGGUUCGAGACAAGCUGCUACGGGUGGAGAGCCACGACAUCGAUCUCGCCAUCAACAAAAUGACCGGUGAACACUUUGGUCUCAAAAUGCAAGAGUAUCUAGAAAUCCCGGGGAAUGCAGAAAAGCAUGGCCUCAUCGGGACGAGCGACAAGCGCAAUGCACGUGACAAGACCAGGAUGAUUGCGCCUGGUCUUCACAAGAUCGAGGCGAAUCCUGAAAAAUCAAAGAACCUCGAGACGGCGACGACAAAGAUCAUGGGCAUUGACUUGGAUCUUGUCAAUCUGAGAAAAGAGACCUACAACGAAGUGUCUCGCAAUCCGCAGAUGGAAUUUGGCACAGCAGAGGAGGAUGCCAUGCGCCGCGAUGCUACCGUUAACGCAAUGUUCUACAAUUUGCACACAUGCCAGGUUGAGGAUUUCACCAGGCGAGGACACGAGGAUAUGGCAGCCAAGAUCAUUCGCACUCCGCUGGAGCCUUACCAAACGUUCAAAGACGACCCACUGCGAGUUCUUCGUCUCAUCCGUUUCGCUAGUCGCUUGGACUACACAGUCGAACCCGAGACUGCGAAGGCCAUGGGGAAUCUCGAGAUACAGGAUGUGUUAAAAAUCAAGAUCAGUCGGGAGCGGGUCGGUAUAGAGCUCGAGAAGAUGCUCAAAGGCCCGCGGCCUCGCAUGGCUUUGGAGCUCAUCGACCGAUUCGGUCUCUAUAGGACUGUCUUUACUGACCCCAGCCGGGAGCUACUGGCUGAACCAGAAACAGCGUACUUCCAGCCAGCAUAUGACUUUGUUGAAUCUGUUGUUGAGAAAAAUGGUGAAAUUCCCGAAACAGUCCCUGUCACUCUGUUACGAACCGGAGACGAGCAAUACCUGGCCUGGGUCUGCGCGACGGUGAUACCAUGGGCCGAUGCACCUACUGUCCCCCAUCCAAAAUCCGCUCAGAGGCCAUUAUUCCCGGCUUACCUUGUCGCUCGCGAAGGUUUCAAGGCUCCCAACAAAGUUUGUGACGUAGUUGCCGCUUCUCUAACCAACAGUGAAGAGAUUCGGAGCCUUAUAGCCCAAUGUGCAAAGGGCCUUCGACGGCCUGAAACCAUAAAUCCAGCGAACGACUCGACCGCCCGGGAUACGCUUGGAAUGGCGAUCCGUCGUUGGGGCUCGACCUGGAGGACGCAGGUCUUCUUCAACUUGGUCUAUGAGAUCGUCCUAGGGCGAGUCCGCAAAGAGGAACUGCUUCGCUCCUACGCUGCUUUUCUCACACAUCUCACCAAGUUGAACAUCCUCGAUGUCGACACUUUUAGGCCUCUUCUUAAAGGCACAGACCUCGCAAAAGCUCUGAACACAAAGCCUGGUCCUUGGAUGAAGGAUGCACUCGACAUUGUCAUGGCAUGGCAGCUGCGAAACCCCAAUGCAACUGACCCCUCCGAUGCGAUCGAGGCCGUAAAGGUCUCUAGAGGCCAAAAGACUGACAGUGAGCUUCCCUUCUGCCUAGCUUCGCACUUUCUCCAGCUUACCAUUCCACGUUUCUUCCCGCAGAAUAAGCCCGUCCCAAACGCAUUGGAAGCUUCGCGGCAGCCGGCUCCUUGGAAAGACGAUGGGAAUCAAUAUGCUCUGGAUCUUUUGAAGUGGUCGAUCGGUGCUCUGGAUAGAAAGUCAAUAGAGGCAAAGUGGCACUUUCUGGUCCCUCCGAUACUCAAGAUCAUCGAUGAUAUUGACGUGGAAUGGAAAGCAAAGGGCUGCCAUUUGCUUGGUCUAUUGCUUGAAAGUCUGCGACAAGCACCAAGCGAAGACACGUCGAGCCAGAAGCCUAUUUUAACCCGAGGGCCUUCAAACUUUGUCCAACGCACCGGUUAUCACAACGUCUUUGCCGAAACCCUACUACCUCUGUUCACAUACAUACCCUCCCUAACACCCGAACAAGACUCGGUCCGCUUAUUCCACGAAGUCUUUCCCGCCCUUACGUCUCUCUCCCUCCUCCUUCCCACCAACACCAACCAAACCGACCGUAGAGAAGCUUACGCCAGUGAUUCAGAUAUUCGGAAUCGUUUCCUAGACAAAGUUCUCCGAGAGGGCAUCCUUUCCCCGCUUGCACAUUUCCCAACACCAUGGACGUACCCCAAACUCGCCACAACAAGUCUAUCCCAUCUGACUGAUAUACUGGGCCACAUGGGGAUCGAAUCAGUCAAACAUCUACCAGACGUAAUGCCACUUCUCUCGGUGAUUCUUCAGGAGCCUUUUGCGCUUGGUCACCAACCGCUACUUCUGUCCACUUUAAGAGCGCUGCAGAGUGUGAUGGCCAAUGCUUGGCCCCGAGUUGCGGGAUAUAGAGGCGAGAUGAUGAUGGGGUUAUGCUUGUGCUGGGGGAGGUGUGUGGAGGAGCAGAAGAAAGGUGUAAAGCGGGAAGUUGAAGAGGUGAUGGAUCAGGUCAGGGAAACAUUUGCCAUGUUGGACGCAGUCAUGCAUGCUACGGAAGAGGAUGAAUUGAGGGACGGAUGGGAGAAGGAGAAGAGGGACGUGGUUCAGGCGUCGCCUGGUCAUAGGGAAUGGAUUGAGCAUAAUGUAUGA